AUGUCGUAUAAAGUCAACCCAAAUGCAAGAAGUUUUGACCCCACUUUCAGGUGCGAGUAUCAUUCUAACGCUCAGGGUCAUAGCACAAAAAAUUGUUUUACUUUGAAGAGAGCCAUUGAGAAGCUAAUUGAUGACAAAGCAAUUGUAAUACAUGACGAAGAGGCUCCGAAUGUCACCAACAACCCACUUCCUCCUCACAACAAUGCUCAUGUUGUUGGGAUGAUCUGUGACGAUAAGGAAUACAAGCAAACAGGAAAAACAAUAAUGGAAAUUGACACCUUAAAAGAAGGGUUGGGUAUGGUGACAAAGUCUGCACAAGAAGCACCGUUGUGUGUAAAAGGUGCAAGUUCUAAUGCGAAUCUCAAAGGCUCGGGGAAGUUGAUAUUGUUUGGUCAAAACCAGAAUGGUUUAAGAAAGAUGACAGAACCAAUUGUGAUAAAGCACAUGACACAAAUUCUAGUGACAAACAUAAAAACUGUCCCAUGGAACUACAACAAAACCACUGUGACUUACAAGGGCAAGGAGAUUGGUGAAGAAAUAGACGAAACCGGUGGCUUAACGCGUUCUGGAAGGUGUUAUGCUCCAGAAGAACUAAGGAGAGCCAAACAAGCCAGGGAUAGCCAAUUUCCGGUGAAAAAACCUAUCACUGAAGAACAAGCUGAAAAGUUCAUGAAGAAGAUGAAAGUCCAGGAUUACUCUAUUGUUGAUCAUUUGAGAAAAACUCCUGCUCAGAUUUCAUUGCUAUCUUUGCUCAUACAUUCUAAAGAGCACUGUCAAGCAUUGAUUAGAAUUCUGAAUGAGGCACAUGUUUCAGACAAAACAACUGUAAGUCACCUGGAAAAGAUGGCCAAUAGAAUAUUUGAGGUGAAUAGAAUCACUUUCACCGACGAUGAGUUGCCUGUGGAAGGAACUGGACAUAAUAAGGCUUUGCAUUUAACUGUCAAAUGUGAAGAACAUUAUGUGAAAAGAGUCAUGAUUGAUGGAGGCUCAGGUGUGGACAUCUGCCCCCUUUUUACUUUGCAGAGUUUGAAAAUCAGCACAGAUAGAAUUCGUACUAACAAUCCAUGGAUCCAUGCAGCCAGAGCGGUGCCAUCUACUUUACACCAAGUGGUCAAGUUUGAAUAUGAGAAACAAGAAAUUAUUGUUCACGGUGAAGAUGAUCUUUUAAUAUAUAGAGACCCUUCUGUCCCAUGUGUUGAGGCCAAGGAAGGUUGUGAAUCCCUCAUAUUUCAGACCUUUGAAAUAGUGGCAGCUGAUCAGUUUAUGGAAGGGAAGCCUAUCUUAGAGCCUCGUCUAUCCUCUACUUCAGUCAUGGUGGCUACACAAAUGCUGCAAAAUGGUUAUGAGCCAGGAAAGGGUUUGGGGGUGUCAUUGCAAGGAAUUGUUGACCCUAUCUCUCCAUUUGGUAAUCAAGAUACUUUUGGUUUGGGUUUUAGGCCAACUAAUGCUGACAGAAAAUGGGCAAAAGAGCAGAAAAAUAAGAUUGGUGAAGGCCCUAAUCAUGCAGAUGUGCAACGUAUUGGCCUAGAAGUCGAGCUCGCCAACUGGGAAGCUACUCCUCUCCCCACAAAGAAGGAGUCUUGUUUCGUUAACGCCGACUUUAAUAACAUGACAUGCAUGCGGAAUUCACGUCCAGAUCUUAAAGAGCUGUCUAAUCUCGAAAUAAUGAAUCAAGAGGUUGACGAAUAUGAUGAAGAAGAGGCUUUUGAAGAAAUAAAAAGGGAACUAGAUCAAUUUGAGAAUAAGCCUAAGCCUAAUCUAAAUGAAACCGAGUCUUAUGAUGACAUGCCAGGUUUGAGCGUUGAUCUGGUAGUGCACAAACUUCCUACAUACCCUGAUUUCCCACCAGUCCAACAAAAGCAAAGAAAAUUUAAGAAAGAGGUGAGUGAUAAGAUUAAAGAGGAAAUCAUGAAGCAAUUGAGUGCAAAUGUGAUCAGGGUCGUCCGAUUUACUACAUGGCUAGCAAAUGUUGUGCCCGUACCAAAAAAAGAUGGGAAAACCAGAGUUUGUGUUGACUAUAGAGACUUGAACAAAGCUAGUCCAAAGGACAACUUUCCUUUGCCUAACAUCCACAUUCUUGUUGACAAUUGUCCCAAACACGAGAUUCAAUCUUUUAUGGAUUGUUAUGCUGGGUAUCACCAAAUUUUGAUGGACGAAGAGGAUGCAGAAAAGACCGCCUUCACCACCCCAUGGGGUACUUACUGUUACAGGGUUAUGCCAUUUGGCUUGAAGAACGCAGGGGCAACUUACAUGAGAGCUAUGACUACUAUCUUGCAUGACAUGAUGCAUAAAGAAAUUGAAGUGUACGUCGAUAAUGUGAUCAUUAAGUCCAAAACUCAAGCUGACCAUGUGCGUGAUCUGAGAAAGUUCUUUGAAAGAUUGUGGAAGUACAACCUCAAGCUCAAUCCAGCCAAGUGUGCAUUUGGAGUUCCAUCUGGGAAACUUCUAGGGUUUAUAGUUAGUCGGCGAGGAAUUGAAUUAGACCCCUCCAAGAUAAAGGCCAUUCGGGAAUUACUGCCCCCGAAGAACAGAACUGAAGUCAUGAGUCUUCUUGGUAGGUUGAACUACAUCAGUAGGUUCAUCGCUCAGCUCACCACUACAUGUGAGCCCAUAUUCAAGCUGUUGAAGAAGGAUGCCGCUGUCAAGUGGACAGACGAGCGUCAAGAGGCUUUUGAUAAAAUUAAGGAAUAUUUAUCUAACCCUCCAGUGCUUGUCCCGCCAGAACCGGGUAGGCCUUUGUUUUUGUAUCUAUCAGUGAUGGAUAAUUCCUUUGGUUGCGUUCUAGGACAAUAUGAUGCCACAGGAAAGAAGGAACAAGCGAUCUAUUAUUUGAGCAAGAAGUUCACAAGCUAUGAGGUAAAAUACACAUUUUUAGAAAAAACGUGUUGUGCUUUGACUUGGGUCGCCCAGAAACUGAAGCACUAUCUUUCAUCCUAUACGACUCACCUUAUAUCUCGAAUGGAUCCUUUGAAGUAUAUCUUUCAGAAACCUAUGCCGAGUGGAAGGUUAGCAAAGUGGCAGAUUUUACUUACGGAGUUUGACAUUAUCUAUGUCACCCGCACCGCUAUAAAUGCACAAGCAUUGGCCGAUCAUUUGGCAGAAAACCCAGUUAACGAUGAGUAUGAGCCUUUGAAUACCUACUUUCCUGACGAAGAGAUUAAUUCAGUUGAGGAAGAAGUUCGCGAUGACAGUCACGUCUAG